UACUCACUCAUUGGUUCUUGAUUGAUUUCGCAUUAAAAAAGGCUGUUAAAGCCGAAAUGUUUUUUGAGGAGCUCGUGCUAUCACAGCUAACCGUGAUAGAGCCCUGUCGUACAGUUCGGCUCUGAUACAAAUGAAAUCUCGGAUGGGGUGCACACUAGUUUUUGUCCAAUUUGCUUUCGCAUAGUUUCCAGGUAGUUCUUCAUUGUGAAUUUAUAUUCAAAAAGAUUACGAAAGAAGAACAGGAUGUCCAUUAUUUUUCUGCUUUGAAAGUUAUUUCCGAUCAGCGAAUUUGCCUUCGUAAUAAGCAACAACGUGCUACAGUCACGGUCACGUAGUGCCACGUGCUUUGCGUUACUCGCCAUUCUUUAUGUCUGAUACCGGAUUGGUCAAAGAGAGGAUAAAUAUUUUUAAUAGAGACAAAAGCUGUUUACUUAAGGCAUUGUCACAGACAAUAGCGACGGCCGAUUUGGUUGGUCAAGGACGACGUCAUUGUAAAUAUAUUAGAUUCUGCAUUCUCCUCAUAAUUCCCUCGGGAGGUUAAUCACUACAUAUUCUGCUGUCCUUUGGGAGUUGAACAUUUCACAAACUCUUCACGACAACAAAGAAACCCACGACUUGUGACCGCGACCCGCGUUGAAGCCAAAAGACCGGCAAACCAGCGAAUGUAGAGUCAAAUCGACUUUCACUCCGACAGCAAAAGAGAACUCGACGCGCUCUCGAGUGAAAAUAUUUGUCGAACUCGGCACUGCAACGCAAGACAAAUUUUGGCCGUUGUCAACUAACUUUUACAUCCAUGCAAGAACAUAGCGUUACUUCACCGCUAAAAGAAGAAAGCGUUGGCUGGAUGCAGCCAGCUACCAUGGACAGCAAUCAAGUGGCCAGCGGAUGUAGCUUGGCCAGAGCACAUUUUGAGAAGCAGCCUCCGUCAAAUCUCCGGAAAAGCAACUUUUUCCACUUCGUCUUGGCAUUCUAUGAUCGCACAGGGCAAGCUGUCGAGAUCGAGCGCGCAGUUUUUACGGGAUUCAUCGAACACCUGCCGGAUCAGAAAAAUGUCCGAAACGGCGCUUCGUACAGACUUCAACUUCUCUACAGCAAUGGAAUUCGAAGUGAGCAAGACAUCUUCAUUCGGCUUGUUAACUCGACGACGAAGCAGCCUAUUGUGUAUGAGGGCCAAGACAAAAACCCUGAAAUGUGUCGUGUUCUCAUGACCCAUGAAGUAAUGUGCAGCCGAUGCUGUGAAAAGAAAUCAUGUGGUAACAAAAAUGAGACUCCAUCGGACCCUGUUGUGGUAGACAGAUUCUUUUUGAAAUUCUUUCUCAAGUGCAAUCAAAAUUGUCUGAAAAAUGCGGGAAAUCCAAGGGAUAUGAGACGAUUUCAGGUACAUGUUUCCUCCUCACCUGAUCCUGUUGCUGGAAUGUUGGCGUGCUCUGAUAACAUGUUUGUACAUAACAAUUCCAAACAUGGAAGAAAAAGCCGCAAAGUAGAAUCAGCCUAUGCUUAUCCAAGUAUCAAGGCUAUUUGUCCCAAUGAGGGAUGGACAACAGGUGGAACUAAUGUUGUGGUGAUUGGAGAUAACUUUUUUGAUGGUCUGCAAGUCGUGUUUGGUUCACUGAUUGUUUGGAGUGAGUUUAUUACCCCCAAUGCUAUCCGUGUCCAAGCCCCACCCAGACCCAUCCCAGGUAUGGUGGAGGUAACACUGAUGUAUAGAAAUAAACAGUACUGCAAGACUGCUCCUGGAAGAUUCAUUUAUUCUGCACUUUGUGAGCCUACCAUUGACUAUGGUUUCCAAAGAUUGACAAAGUUGAUUCCACGACACCCUGGUGAUCCUGAAAAGUUGCCCAAGGAAAUCAUAUUAAAGAGAGCAGCAGAUCUUGCUGAAGCUGUAUGCUACAACAUUCCUCGCACUCCAACCCAAAUUCACGGGUCGCAAUAUCCACCCCCUGGAGGUCCUCCCCCAACCACUGCUAGCAGUGCUCAUUCAAUGAUGAUAGGACAACACUUAACAGCCAUAUCACCUGAUGCAAUCACCAAUGGAGGAACGUAUGUUGCUAUUGGUAAUCCGGAUGCUCCAUCUGUUGUUUACGGCAGUGCAAACCCUGGCAGUCAACAGCAGAGAAUAGGAAGUUCCACUGCACAGACUGAUGUCAACAAUAAUGAAGUUAUUGUUACAUCAGGAAGCAGCACACCCACCACACGACAUGUAAAUAUGCUGCCAGGAUAUCCACAUAGUGCUUCUUUGUCAAGUGAAGGACAUGUAGCCUCCCCUGCUAACUCUGAUGUGCCAGUACCUCUGUCAGCUGCAAUUAGCAUGACUAGUGCACCCAAUGGUAUCAAUGGUUACUCAGGAGGGCUUCCACCAUCAAUAACUCUACACAAUAUGGCUGUUCCUUCAUCACCUGGUUUCCUCAAUGGUGCCACAUUUGUUCCUCAGUCCCCAUCACUGCCUCCGACACCUAACAGUGUACCGCCAAAUGGGAAUGCAGGGAUGUUUGCUUUCCCGCCAAACAUGAUCCAAGCUGUGAAACAGAAGAGUGCAUUCAAUCCAGUGAUGAGACCACCUGUCGUGUCAGAGGGAGGUUCACCUUCUGUCUCUCAUACAAACUCCGCUGCUCUUGUGCCAGGUAUGGUCUCUUCUUCCUUUGGUGGCACCUUUGCAAUCCCUGUAAGUGCAGCUGUUCAGCCCAAACCAGCAAACCAUGUGGGAGCUGGUAACUCGUAGAGUGCCAGAAAAGAGAGAGAAAGAGAGUUCAGACAACCACUGCAAUUAAUAUGAGAAUGACGACGCACUGAGUAUGCCUACACAAUCACAUUGAACGACUGCACAGGAGAGAGGAGACAAAUGCUUGGGAAAGCAGACUUCAAGGACUCAUCUAGCCUGCGAACGCAGACGUAUUUCCGGCUGUCGCUUGUCUCCGCCGAAAAUAACGUCUGCGAACC